CUCUCUUCUCUAAACGCACCCUGCUCUGUUCUUACUUCUUAGACACAGAGCAGAAUUAUGCAGGAGGCAGGAUCGUACCAUUCCCUUCUCAUCCCUUUCCGAUGACGACCCAGUUUUGAAUCCAUUUCCCCCAUCCAUUUCCAUCUUCUUCCCUCCUUCCAGCUUUCACAAAUCAAACGCAAUCAGCUGAUGGUUUUGGUUCAUUUCAUUGCUUCUGCUUUCUAUGGUGGAAAAACUAAAGAAUGCUGAAAUUUCCUUAUCACUUGGAGCUUACCACAUCUCUUGAUGUGACUAGGUGAAGAAAAGGAGAUGGGUGGCCAUUCCCAUAUGAAUUGCUGGGAAGAUGCGUGCUACAGAGAAGCGAAGAAUCAGAAACUGGAAAUCGAAGACCCAGAUGCUGGUUGCCCUGGAUCAGAUGAUGGAUGGAACUCUGCAGAAAAACCCAACUCCGACCUUGUCCUGGAUCCAACUGACCAAGGGGAGAAGAUCGUCUUUCCAUGGAUGGGGCUGGUUGCAAACAUAAAAACUGUGGUUAAAAAUGGAAAACCGGUGGGUGAAAGUGGCUCAAAACUCAGGGACGAGUUCAUACGAAAAGGGUACAAUCCAAUGAGGGUGCAUGCUUUAUGGGACUGGAAAGGUCACUCAGGGUUCGCCAUUGUUGAGUUCAAGAAGAGCUGGGAAGGAUACAGGGACGCCCUCAAGUUUGACAAGGAUUUUGCGCUCAUGGGAUGUGGGAAGGCUGAUUAUUUCAGCUCUUCAGUGAAGCAUGAAGAGAGACUCUUUGGCUGGAUUGCUCGAGAUGAUGAGUAUCAAUCCACUGGUGCUAUUGGGGCCUACCUCAGAAAGAAAACGGACUUAAAGAGCCUCUCAGACAUUGUAGCAGAUGGUGAAAGGAAGGAUUCAAAACUUGUGUCCUCCCUACAAGACGAGCUGACCGUUAAGCAUGGGCACCUUAUGGAGAUGGAGACCAAGUAUAAAGAAGCUUCGGUGUCGAUCAUUGAGUUGGUUUCUCAAAAGGAUGCUAUGAUUGUUUCAUACAAUGAAGAGAUCAGGAAGAUGCAGCAAAUCGUGCAUAAUGAUUUCAACAAGAUACUUGUGGAGCACCAGAGAGCUAAGCACGAAUUGGAAGCUCGAAGAAGAGAAUUGGAGCAGAGUGAGAAGCAGUUGCGAGAGAGGGAGGCUCAUAAUGAAAAUGAGAUAAAGAAACUCCACCAACAGAAAGAAAUGGUACAUAUAAUUCAAGGUCAAAUGUUAUUAUGUGAUGCAUCCCUAUAUUACAAAUUCUCACCUUGUUGCUUUCAGAACAAGAGAGCAAUCUUGGAGCAGAGGAAUGCAGAUGAACAAUUGUUCAACUUGGCACAAGAACAUCAGAGGGCCAAGGAGGCUUUGCACAAGAAAGUUAUCGAGUUGCAAACCCAACUUGAUGCUAAACAAGCGCUGGAGCUAGAGAUAGAACAGAGGAAAGGUGCAUUACAGGUUCUGGAAUACUUGGAAGAAGGUGAAAGCCCUGAAAUCCGUGAGAUGAAGGAAAAGCUGGAGGAGAAGGAGGACGAGCUGGAAUACUUGUUUGCCCUGAAUCAAACUCUUAUGACCAAGAACGAAAAGGUUGAGCAAGAACUUGGGGCAGGUCGCAAGGAGUUGAUCAACGGGUUUCAGGGCAUGGUAGCUGCUGGAAGAGCGACCAUUGGUCUCAGGAAAGCUCUGAGAGGGAAGAGCAAGUUGUCAACGGAAGAAGCAGAGCUCUGGCACUUGAAGGAGGACAGAGAGGCAACAGUGGUGGAGGGAGUUGAGUACAUCUUGAGAAUCUGGAAGCGGCUUAAAUAGGAAAGGAAGAUCUGGCAGAGCAUAUAGGAACUAUAGAAAGUAAUGGCUUCGAGGAAUCAAUACAGGUGGUAAGUAACUAGUUAGACGUAAUCCAUUUUGAAUCAAUACAGGUGGAAUAUCCAUAUACAGGAUAUAGGAACUACAGAAAGUAAUGGGUUCUAGGAUCCUUGGCUUGCUCGAGCGUUUUUGGGUUUCAGACUUGAGAGAAGCAAACUCUGCUGGUAGUGUGGCUACCAUUUAGUAUUUACUAUUUACUUAAACAUUGAGCAGAAUUGAGUUACAGUGUUGGACUGUAUUUUGGACUAAGAUAUUUGUUGAUGAAUCGUGUUUCUAGUUUUAUCUCUCGGGGCUCCCUGAUUAAUGAUUAUUUUGCUUCUCUAUAUAAGUAUUUCAAGUUUUAGUUUGAUUGAGGAAGAUUUUGAUAGUCAGAAGACUGUCCAUUUGCUAUGGACUUUUAGUACAA